CGCGACAGCUACUGUAGCCACGCUGCUACUGUCUCGCUUUGUGAAACACUACGGACGCAAGACUGUUGCUGAGUGAACGAGUUCAGAAACAAUCCCAUCGUCAAGAGGCAGGCAAGAGAUAAAACUCUGCCAUUUACUGUAACAAUUAAAUGGAUAUGAAAGAGGAGACAUGUGAGGCUGACAUGAGUAUCAUGGAGGAGAGGACCAUAAAUGUUAAGGAGGAGGACUGUGAGUGGGAGAGUGUCCACCCCAAACAGGAGAGUCUGGACAUCAAGGAAGAGGACAGUGAACUGGGGUCAGUGAGUAUUAAAGAAGAGUGUGCCAGCACUGAGAUUCACAACUGUAUGAGUACUGAGAGUGACAAGAAAGAUGACCUUCAUUAUGGAGAUAAAGAUGGAGCAGUGACCGGGUUAGUCUCUUCUCAUAGCAGACACUCUUCAUCUCUGGAGUCUUCUAUCAAUGUAAAAUAUGAAUCAUUACAGUCUGACACAAAGACGACUCAAGGAAUUUCAUCUCCUAGAACUGAGGAAGAUCAGCCACCACCCAAGACGUCAUCUAAAACAAGAAUCAAACUUCACUGCUGUUCUGAAUGUGGUAAACAGUUUUCAGCAAAAGUCCAACUUCGAAGGCACCAAAGACUUCACACAGGAGAGAAGCCAUAUGACUGUUCUGAGUGUGGUAAACAAUUCUCUUACAGUAGUCAUUUUCAGAUACACAUUAAAACUCACUCAGGAGAGAAGCCGUAUUGCUGUUUUGAAUGUGGCAAAAAAUUUUCACAUAAAUGCAGUCUUCAGAGUCAUCAAAGAAUUCACUCAGGAGAGAAGCCAUAUUACUGUUCUGAAUGUGGUAAAAAGUUUACACUAAGAAGCAGUCUUCAGAGCCACCAAAGAAUCCACACAGGGGAGAAGCCAUAUGACUGUUCUGAAUGUGGCAAAAAGUUUUCAGAUAGAAGCAGUUUUCAGCGCCACAAAAUGAUUCACACAGGACAGAAGCCAUAUUGCUGCUCUGAAUGUGGCAAAAUGUUUUCACGGAGAAGCAAUCUUCAGAGCCACCAAAGAAUUCACACAGGAGAGAAGCCAUAUUACUGUUCUGAAUGUGGAAAACAAUUCUCUUACUGUAGUAGUUUUCAGACACACAUUAAAAAUCAUUCAGGAGAGAAGCCAUAUUGCUGCUCUGAAUGUGGCAAAAUGUUUUCACGGAGAAGCAAUCUUAAGAGCCACCAAAGAAUUCACGCAGGAGAGAAGCCAUAUUGCUGCUCUAAAUGUGGCAAAAAGUUUUCACAUAGAAGCAGUCUUCAGAAGCAUCAAAGAAUUCACACAAGAGAGAAAAAAAAUGACAGAAACUCCCCCACCUUGUCCACAGACGAACACAGUACAAUGCUAAGCACCAGAAGAAAGAAUUCAAAAAGUUUGAUGAAAACAAAUAAGAUGUAAUUGGGGAAACUACAAGUAAAGUGGUAAAUACACUGCCUCCCUCCAACAGCCUCAUGUGGAAACAGAACUUACUCAUGCAUGGCUUAUGAGGGGCGAACUAAGACCAAAAGAUGUACUCCUCAUCAUAGGUUCACGAAACAGUAGCUUGGACACAAAGUGCUUCAUAUCAAAAAUACAAAAAUAGAAAAAAAAAAUAACCCAUAAUUGUCACUUCUGGCACAAAGAGCUAGAAACGGUCACACAUCUUGUUGCUGGGUGCGAGGUACUGAUUGCUGAAGGAUUAUACACUGCACAACACCACAAAGUGGCCAGGCUCAUUCGCUGGAAACUUGGCAAGAAGUACAACUUACCAGCACCAGAAAGACACUGGGACCACAACUCAGACCGCACAAUGGAAAGUGAGGAGGUGUAGGUCAGUUGUAGCACAGAAAUACUGACUGACUGAAAAAUAGAGGCCAGAAAACCAGAUGUAAGAAAUCCUGGAUAACAGAAGUAUUAGUUCCUAUGAUUACUCAGUCUGAAGAAUGGAGAGGCAAGAAAGAAACAAAAUACCAAGAAAUGCAGACUGAGGUAUGACAAAUGAAAUGUGGACCAAAAAAAAAAAUGUAAGAAGUGCCUGUUGUUCUAGGAUGAACAGGACUGAUAAAGAAAAACAUUCAGGCCCAUCUUAACAAAUUACAAUAACUCCUUAUGAUCUGCAAAAAGAAGCUUUAUUAGGAACAAUGCAGGUUGUACAUUGAGUCCUUGUGGCAAUCUUAAGAGAGUGAGAAGUUAAGCAGUACAAUGAGACUGUCCUGACUAAAGAGUGAAGUUCACUCCUGUUUUGAUAAUAAGCACACCAAGAUAAUUUGGAAGAAUUAAACCCGAGAGAAGCUGAAUUGCUGUUCUGAAUUUGGUAAACAAAUCUGGCACAGAAAUACUCUUCUGAUGCACAUUCAGAUUCACACAGGAGUGAAGCCAUAUGGGUGUUCUGAAUGUGGCAAACAGUUUUCAUGGAGAAACAACCUUUUGGAUACAACUUCUACAUUUAUUUAUAUAGCACAUUUUCAAAUAAACAAUGUAGCUCAAACUGCUUUACAAGAUGAAAUAAGAAGGAAGUUAAUAUAAAACAUAAACAAGAUUUGGCAAUAAUAUUAUACAGCAUGUAUCAAAGAAAAGGUAAUAUUGAAUGGCCAAGUGGACAGAGGAAAUGCAAAAAAAAAAAACUCCAGUUGGGCCGAAGAGAAAAAAAUCUGCAGGGGAUCCAAGGCCAAAAUACUACCCGGCCGCCACUAGGCAUUCUACCUAAAUCAGUCCUUGUGGUUUAUAUGCUUUACAUGAAGAUUUUGAUGAUGAUGGCCAUGUGGACACCUUGGACACCCGCCAUUCAAUCCAUAAACACGAGGCAGUGUGGUAUGUUGAUCAGGAGGUGGUGGAGCUCAUCGUCACCACAGAAGAAAUGGAGAAGACAGCAGAGAAUAGUACAGAUUAGUAUGGAACUGCACAUCCCACAGGAAAAUGAAAAUCCAGUGUCCAUAUAGACAAAUAGGGAUACAACUAAAAUGUAGCUAUGAAAA